GCUGAUGUUAAACUUUGCUAGUUCUCAUAUUGCUCCCUAAGUAUUAGAUCAUUCAGAAGGUGCUAGCUUAUUCAAUUGGUAAGGGCUUUCCAUGGGAAUCUCUACAAAGAUUUUGGUUCAGAACUUGAAACUGCCUACAUCAAGUUCUACAUAUGUAUUUUUGAUAAAGUAAAUUAUCGGUAUAAUGGGAGGGUAAUCAUGAGAAAUGAUUACUGAGCUGACAUCAAAUACCUUGAAAAAAUAUAUAUCAUAUUUUUGCUUUUCAUCCGUAAUGCCAGAUUAUCUUAAACUUUGAGAUAAGUGUCAUAAAUACAGAAAUUGCCUGUAAAGAUCACAGUAGAUGUCUACUCUCAUAAUGCCACACUUUUCUUCUGUUACAUUAAAUACACAUCCCUUUCCUCAUUUCCUCCUCUCUCAGAUCUGAAGACAGCUUCCAUGCAUUAUUGCUGGUCCAAAUACUUCAGGUGUCAGAAGAAAGAUUUAAUAGUUGCAGUCAAGGAAUUCCAAUCAUAUUUAGUACAUUGGAUGCAUAGGAUACAACUUCCAAUGGGAGAGCGAAGCAAUCAACAGAUCCACGGAGGCACCGGAGGAGGAUUGAAGGAGAAGCUAAUGGCAGCUUGAAUUUCUCAAGGAUACGCCACAAUGAACCAGCAAUUUCACAUAUGGGAUCUGACUACAAAAAUUUGUCAAUUACUAUAGAAAGGACAGGAUAUAAAAUGCAAUCCUCAACAAAGAGCAGAAUGGAUGAUCUUUUAUCUGCUGAGGUUGGAAAGCAUGAUUAUGAUUGGCUCCUUACUCCUCCUGAAACCCCUCUAUGUCCCUUCUCAGACGCUGGCAACAUCCAAACUACCAAAGCAGCAACAAGUAGCAAAGCUAAUGCUAGAUCAGUUUCUACUGGAAAAGCUUCAAGAUUAUCUCUGUCACAAUCAGAGAGAGAGAGUUCUGCUAAGCCAACGAGAAGCAGCUCUACAUCAAGGUCUGCUGUAUCCAGCACUCUAUCAUCCUCCACAUACUUGUCAAACAGCACCAGGACAGCAAUCCUCAACACUAGCACAGCCUCGGUCACCUCCAAAGCUUUAAACCCCGGCUAUCGCUCCGCUUCUAGAUCACGGCCAUCUACCCCCUCCAAGACUCCAGUUACCCCGCCAAAACAGCUGCAGAACACUAUGCCUUGCACACCAGCUGCUCGACCAAAUUCCCGGCCUUCAACCCCAAUCCAUCGCGGAACAACGGCAGCCUCGCUUCCAGCCAUGACCCGAUCCGCAUCCGUCAGCCACGCUCCCGCCGCAAAUCACCGAUCCAACGGCGCUUCGAACCGUCCGAGCUCCCCAGCGCCCCGAGGCCGAGCUAAAACGCCGACACCUGCUUCGCCGCAACAGGGAACGGCAUCGACGGCUCGUACCGGUUCGAACUCACCGAGCGUCGCUCCAGUGUCGAGCUCGAUUCGCAAGCAGUCAUCCUCGCCGAUCGUAGCCAGAGGCAGGCAUCAAGAUAACUCACCGAGUGCUCAUUCGAGCGACAAAUCGAAAGAGGGGAAGGCGGUCGCGAACAAGGAGGAGAAGCCGACGGCAGAAGAAUCUGCAGGCCGGAGGCCCAUCAAGCAUUUGUUAGCAGAGAUCAAGCAAAGCAUGGGCGGCCUCCGAGGGACCUCGCUUUUCCCGCAAAGCAUUCGCUCCGCCGUCCAAAGAAGCAGAUCCAAUGGUUCACCGGAGCUGCCAAUUCCAGGCCCGGAGGAAGUAACUCACCGCCAUGGCAAUGGAGGAGCCUAGGAUAACAGUAUCAGUAAGGGCAUCAUCCCCAGAAUAUACCGGAGAUCUUGCCGCCGUUGCGAACGAGCAAACUCUUCUGCUGCGUGAAACAAUAAACAUGUGCUUAUCAAUGCUGAAAUAUAAUGCGGAUUCAGAGUUUGACAUUCCCCAAAAAGGUACUUAUUUGGUCAAAAAGCAUUCCGUUGCCGGGACUUGAACCCGGGUCUCUCGGGUGAGAGCCGAGUAUCCUAGCCAACUAGACUACAACGGAUUUGCAUUCCUUGGUUUAUUAAUAUUACUUUAACUAUGAGAUUUUUACAUUUCUCAAAAAAGUACUUACUGGUCAAAGAAUAUUUCCGUUGCCGGGACUUGAACCCGGGUCUCUCGGGUGAGAGCCGAGUAUCCUAACCAACUAGACUACAACGGAUUUGCAUUUCUUGGUUUAUUAAUGUUUUUUAAGUAUAUAACUAUUCUGUUCCCACUCUAAAAUCAAGAGAUUGGAAAAAGAUAUUUUACCUUGCAAAAUUACAUUAAAAUGUCCGAGACCUUUUCCUCUUCCUAUUUUAUAAUGAAAAUGUUAUAAAUAAGCACAACCUCCCAACUUUAUACUCUAUUUAAUCGACAAAUAGAUACAAGAAAGAAUGGAUUACACGAGAAUCAAGAUUUUUUUUUUUUUCAUUUACUUAGUGAAACUAAAGGAAUAAAAGGAUCUAAAUUCUUCCUUGGACUAGUUUUGACUAUUUUUUGUCCCACUCGGAAUUAGACAAAAAUGAACUUUCCUUCCUCAGAUGUCGUAUUUGGCCAACCAAUAGUCACUUUCUUAUUGCCUUCCAUCUUCCUUCUGUGUCAAACCCAACUAGCUAACUUCCUCUUAUGUCAUCUAGCCAAUAAUCUAUAUAGUGUUUAAUGAACUAGUGGUAGUCUAGUUGCCAAAAAUCAUAGUUGUGGGCCUUGUGGCUAGGCCACCACGAGCUUGCAGCCUAGUCACCAGGAGUCAUAUAUGUUGGACAAAACAAUCAAAACAAUAUGUUGCCGAAGAUUUUAGGAAAUUAGUUGAAUUUUAAAAUUACACAGAAUUUAAAUUCAAUGUAUAAUAAAGAUGAUCUGAACGGGUGAUAUCAUGUUGUUAAGUGUUAACAGGGGCUGAUUUGUAUUACGUACAGAAGAACGGACUUAUAGCGGACAGAUCAGGCCAGCUGCAGAAUAUUUAUGAAAAGGUCAAAGAGAGAAAAGUCACGACAUUAACAAGUUGCUGUCCUCUUCCACCUUCGGCAAUGGACUGUGCUCUACGGCAUGUUCCACUUCCCCGCCAAUGGCGGCCACCGCCUGGACUAGUAAAGAUUGCUUCCUUAAGGCAAAAUCACCCGGGUUACACAAGAAUUAGACAUGAAAUCUGACAUUAUAUUCGUUAAUUUCAUCGUACAAUUACUAUA